GAUAAAAACAUGAAAAAGAUAGAUCUUGUUUUGUUCAGAGAAUUUGAAAUCUGGAAAUAUCCACCUCAGGGCUGCACUACUAUGAUCAGAUUCUGUAUUUGCAUUUGUGUGUGUACAUUCAUCAUGAAUGUUUUUUGUAGACAGAUUUGUAGACAACACACCAGCAUAUAUAUACUUGUGCAUGCCUUUAGUUCCCCAAAGACCAAAGUACAAUAACAGUGCAUUUGUCACAUGUGAGCAGAUAACAGAUUCCCAGGCAUGAGCAAACACUGGCAGGGUCCCAGCUGCUUGCCUAAAAGGAGAAUAAUACCUGGAGUUAGUUGUCAUCUGUGCAUGUGUGCGCUGUUAACAUGCAGCAGAAAGAGCACAGUCUUGUUCCCAAAUGAAAUUUCCUCUCUUUUAAUCUGGAGAUGGAGGAAAAACUCCUUGAUUAUGAGUCACGGUGAGUAAAGAAGCUGAUUGGCUGAGGGAGAGGUUUGGGAGCUUAUCUAAUUAGUCUGAUUAGCAGGAGGUUACUACUGUGAUUGGAAGUACACAGACCCUCAGUCCACUCACCAAGUGGUCGAGGGUCACUUUGUUUGGAGCUGUUUUGUUUGUCACAAUCUUCACCAGUACGAUGGUUUUGUUUGAUGGGAAAGGAUGCUACUCAGGCCUGCUAGCAUGCUACCACUCUGAUGCUGUCCCUGCAGGUAGUGAAGCAGACUUCAGCUCUUCCAGCAGCACCGGCAGCCUGAAGACCAGGGACAGUCUUACGUCCAAUUCAAUUGCAAAGAAAGCUCCAUCACGCAGUCGUGGCGCUCACAUCCGACCCCUCCCAGUGUUCAAACCAGCUGGAAGCCCAACAACCAACCGCGAUGCAGAGCUGUACGCUCCCUACAGGACUCCCCCCAGAGCUGCCUCCUCAACCAACAGCAGCAGCUGCAACUCCAGUCCAACCUCCAGAAGAGCGAACCUGGGCCGCUACCACUCCUGUGGAGACAACCAUGGCAUCCGGCCCCCGAAUCCCGAGCAGUACCUCACCCCUCUGCAGCAGAAGGAGGUGGCUAUAAGACACCUGAGGACCAAACUGAUGGAGUCUGAGAACAGAGUCCGUGACAGAGAGACAGAGAUUGAGGAGCUUAAGGGCCAGCUUGGCAGGAUGAGGGAAGACUGGAUUGAAGAGGAAUGCCACCGAGUGGAGGCUCAGCUGUCCCUUAAAGAAGCUCGCAAAGAGAUUAAACAGCUGCGUCAGGUGGUGGAAACCAUGAAGAGCAGUCUCAUGGAGAAGGAUAAGGGAAUACAGAAGUACUUCAUCGACAUUAACAUCCAAAACAGGAAGUUGGAGUCCCUACUGCAAAGCAUGGAGCUUGCCCAGAGUGGCGCCAACCUCCAAGACGAAAGCACCUUGGACCUAAUCUUUGACAGCCCUGAUAGUGGUGGGAAGAAGAUGAUGGGGGAGGAAGAGGGCGGGAUGGAGCUGGGAGACCAUGGAGCGGAGGCGAUGGCAGACAGUGGGCUGCUAGUGAACGACGAGAUGGCCAACAGAGCGGACAUUUUGGAGCAGGUCUUCAUGUCCACUGCAGUGGAUUUUAGUCCGGACUCUAGUAGCAAGCUGAGGGCUGGGGCAGAGUCAGAAGAGGGACAGUUGAUUGACCAGUCUGCUGCAUCCCCACCGCCUCUACCAAACACAGCUUCCACCACAGUCACCGUCUCCUCAAGCACACUCUCCCAGCAGAGCACAGAAGAUAAAGGAAUCCAGACCGACAUACCGCCCAUAUCUCCAGACCUGCAGGCUCUGCUCCUUCAGCUGCUCAAGUUCCAUGGGGCAACAGUGGAGGACGCAGCUUUAUCAGCCCCUGGCAGUCUUCUGGGAUUCCCAGACAUACCUGCCUCCACUUCCUCUGUCGCUGUUCAGCCAGACUCAAAGCCUUGCCAAACUAACAUCCCUCCAGAAAACCCCGAAAAGUCCACCAAUUUUGGUGAAUGUUGUUCAGAGCCUGCAGAGAGCAGACGGUUCAUGGAGGAGCUGGACUUUGUUGUCACUGAGGUGGAACCUUGUCCGUCAUCAGGACUGGAUGUGGUCAGCAAGCGUUACUGGAGCAACAACUUCCUGGUGGAUCUGGUUGCAGUGGCAGCUCCAGUGUUGCCCACGGUGGCCUGGCUGUACUCACGGCACGGGGUGGACGGAAGCGCUCCGGUGUACAACAUUGCUGCUCUCAUCAGGGGCUGUUGCAUCAUGGGAUUGCACUCACUUCGUCACGUCACUCACAGGCAGAAUGCGUAACUGCUUCCAACCCGCAUGCAAGCACCUAACUUAAAAGCACUUCAGCAUCUUGUAAGAUCUAGUUUUUGUUCAACACUUGAUGAUGUCCAUGCAGUUCUUUUGGUUCCCACACUGUUACUUUGCACUGUACAGUUACCAUGAGUUGAAGCUGAGUGGUGACUAGAAAGGGAUUAUUUAUAACAGGGUUUAUUUAUGUAUUUAUUUGUCAUUUCCAUGUAUAAGCAAAUCAUCUGGGUAGAUGGUUAUGUGUUAUCAUUGUCCUGUGGUGUUCCUAGUUAUUCUUUUGUUGAAAAAAGAAAUAAAAAUCUUUGUUUGGAUGAGAGAUUUUUAGAGGGUGAAAGACUGAAUGUUAGUUUCUGUUUGAUGGGUUCUGAAAUCUGUUUGCGUUAUUGUUUAAGAGAAACCUUAAACCUUCAGCCAAAGCUUUAAUGUCAGUUCACUGUUUUGUGAAGUGUAUAUGUAUUUUUUCCUCACUGGGUGUAGAGCUUUACUUGGUACAGCCCGUGUAUUGUUCAUAGAAAUAGAUUGAUGCUUCAAAGCAACUGACACUUGUUAUGUGCCUGAGCAAUGUGCAAUACUGGCGGUUUACAUCAAAUGUAAUUGUAUCUUUAUUAUUAAAGCAUGAUUAUUCUCGC